AUGAAGGCGUACGUGACGACAGAAGUAAACCAAAACGACAGUGCUGCGACAUCAGGGAAUGUGAAGUCAGUCCAUCAAGGAGAGAAGCCCAAGCUGAAUCAAACCAAGCCCAAUGUGGAUCCAACAGCGCUCCAACGGUCGACUUCUGUUACAAGAAGACAAAACAGAGAAGAUAAGAAAGAUGACUGUAAAGGGAAAACGGUGAGCGCGAGCUAUGCGGAAAAGGGGAUCUCAACGCAGAACAGAUAUGCUUUAUUGAAUGAAGAUUAA